AUGAAAACCAAACAAAGAAAAAUUUGCCAAGUCCCUGUCUGUCACGAUCCUGUCUCCGCUUUUGCCUACUGUGGUUUAUUUAUACAUCUAUUUCUGUGUAACAAUGAAGUUUACUCCACUAGUUUGGUCACAUGGAAAUUGGAGAAAACUAACAAAUUAUUUUUUCUUGAUUUCCCAAAUAGUACAUUGAUAAAAAAAAAAGGGGGUUUACCACUUCUUCCCUCCUUGCCCCUCUUUCUCCCAUCAUGUAAUUUCAAAAUUGUAAGACUAAAAUUAGCAGUGAUGGAGAUUCUCUCCUUUUCCCGGGUUUGGGGAAGGAAUUCUAGGAAUGGGGAAAACUGCUUUAUUUUCAUUGAUUAUCUCAUUCUUUUUCUUCAGGCAUGUGUAUACAAUUUAUUGGCUUACCUACCUGCUUGUGUCAUCUCUUGUUCAAAUUUACAGAUAUCUUGUAUGAUUCGUGGUCCCCAGCCAUGA